AUGAACCAAGAUGCCCACAGACAAUCCAGCUGCUCCCUCUCGCUAGAACAGAGGCGAAGAAUCGAGGAAAACCGAAAGAAAGCCUUAGAGAGACUGGGGCAGAAAAGUCGUCCACAAAAUCAAUUUAACAAUGCUGUCUCGUCGCCUUCAAAUUUCCAAAAAAAGCAAGAGAAAAAGAGUGACACAGUCGCUUCAAAAUCUCCACAGAUAUCUCCUACGUUUGUUAAAGUAGUGACGGUAAAGGAAACUUUAGCAAAAAGUCCAAUUCCGAUCGAGAUGUCUUCCCUGAUUGAGGAAAAUCGAAAGAGAGCCCUUGAAAGGUUGCAACAGAAAAUACAUACCCCAAACACAAAUUAUGAAACUGCAUCAUCCCCUAAUAACUUUCAAGAAAAAAUGAAGGGAAACAGUAAUGCAGCCACGUCGAAACUUCCACCUACAUCUCCAGUGAUUAGAAAAGAUGCAGAUUUAAGGAAAACGGUAACAAAAAGUCCAAUUUCUGACGAGAUCGCUGGUCGCAUCGAGGAAAAACGGAGAGAGGCAUUUGAAAGGUUGCAGCGUCAUAAAAAGUUACAAAGUGAUCAGGGAAAAGUUAAUCUGUUGCCAGACUCUAACAAAGCAACUGGUGUGAACUGGAGUGAAAGAUUUAGUCAUGAGAGAAAAACAGCUUUCCCACUUGCCAGUAGUCCAAAAUCUAGCUUUCAAAAGGGUGCAAAUUCUACUUCUUUGAUUGAAAGGAUCAACAAAGAGAGUAGGAGAGAAGUUUCAAUGGUGGGACAAAAGCAAAGUAGCGUGGAUGAGCAAAAAGGUGUUUCAAAACCAGCAAGCAUCUUCACUGGUCCCCCAUUUGAAAUAAAAAUGAUAUUGAUUUCUGAAAGAAGAUUUGAAGCCAAAUGUAGUUUCCAAACUGAUGUAAUUGGAAUCUUUAAAACAAUGUCAACAAAAUCAUAUGAUUCAAAGACUAAACAUUGGAAUUUCUUGGUUUCAGAGUAUGAUAGGCUUACUUCCGCCUUAAGGUCACUGAAAAUUAAUCUGAAAUUGGAAGACAUUCCCCCGAAAAUCUUAGAGAUGGCGAAAGAAAUUACACAAAGCAAUGAAAAGGGGAAGAAACAAGUUGAUUUAUCAAGAAUUGAGGAACCUCUCCUAAAAUCCUUGUUCCCUUUUCAGCGUGAAGGUGUUAGGUACGGUGUUUUGAAUAAUGGUAGACUGUUGAUCGCGGAUGACAUGGGACUAGGCAAAACCAUCCAAGCCAUAUCGCUAGCCUCGUACUACAGGUCAGACUGGCCUCUUCUUGUUGUCUCGCCAUCAUCCGUCAAAGUUGCAUGGGCAAAGGAAUUCGAGAAGCGCCUACCAUCGCUUGACCCAUUUUCCAUCAACGUUGUUCACACUGGCAAAGACGACCCGUGUUCCGGAUUAAUCAACAUUAUGAGCUAUGAUUUGCUUCCGAAACAUUUCGAAAUUUUGAAAGUGAAACGCUUUGGAAUCAUUAUAGCAGAUGAAUCUCACUUUAUUAAAAACUCAAAAGCUGCCAGAACUAAAGCCGCCAUGGAUCUUCUCAAGAGUGCUGCUCGCGUGAUUCUUCUCUCUGGCACACCCGCGUUGUCAAGACCAAUUGAACUCUAUACUCAAGUAUGUGCGGUCAAUACAAAGUUAUUCCCAGGUGUGCACGUCUAUGCGCAUCGAUACUGCGAUGCCAAAAAGAAUCGUUUUGGUUGGGAUUAUUCAGGCUCGUCUAACCUCGAAGAAUUGAAGAUUGUAUUGGAAAAUAAAAUUAUGAUAAGACGACUGAAAAGCCAAGUGCUAGACCAACUACCUGACAAGCAACGGAAAAUAGUUAUGCUUGACCCAUCGAAUAUCAACAGCAAUUUUGCAGCAAACGAGGCAAAGAAACUGGAGCGAUCCACUGGGUUUGAUCGACGAAGGGCUUUGCUCCAAUAUUUUUCAUCUUCUUGCGAGGCGAAGAAAAAAGCAGUUCUUGAAUAUGUCGCAGAUCUGUUGGAAGGUGAGCAGAAAUUCUUGCUCUUUGCACAUCACCAGUUGAUGCUUAACUCGAUAACAGAACUGCUUGAGAAAAAGAAAGUUUCAUUUAUUCGAAUCGAUGGCAGCACCAAUCCGACCAUGCGACAUGAGCUGGUUGAAAAAUUUCAAAACGAAAAUGACUGUCUCGUUGCAGUCCUGUCAAUCACAGCUGCGAGCACUGGCCUGAAUCUCACUGCUGCAACUGCUGUCAUUUUUGCAGAACUUUACUGGAAUCCAGGAGUUUUAGUCCAAGCUGAAGAUAGAGUGUACAGAAUUGGACAGAAGAACGCUGUUACGAUCACCUACUUGCUAGCUGAAAACACUGCCGAUGACUGCAUUUGGCCGCUUGUGCAGAGUAAGCUGGACGUGCUGACGAGUGCUGGACUCAAUCAAGAUGAAUUUUCUCCAGAAGUUACAAAAUUAAAGGAUCCAAAGCAACGAAAAAUAUUAGAUUUCUUUCAAGAUUUGAUGGAAGAUGACAAAGAUUUGCUGCAAUGGAUUGAGGAAGUCCAUGAACCAUCGAGCAAACGAGCCAAAGUCGAAGAAUUGUAGAUGAUAAAAUUAAGUAGAAUUUAUAUUAAUGUAUAAAAUGUAUAAAGUAAUAACUAUGAUAUUUAGCAUUAGAAUGUAAGAAUUUAGUUUCAGAAUGUUAUGUUGUCAGCGAAAUUAAGGUGUCGGAAAUUUCAAAUAUUAUUGUAUUUGCCAUUGAUCAUUUGGUAUGCUAGAUGUGUAACUGAAAAAUGAAAAUUAUUAUUUUCGAUGUUUUGAGUUACUUUUAGCCUAAGAACUACUACAUGAAGUACUAAUAGGCUUCACUUAGAAACAGAUCAACCUUUAUUCAUUGAAAACCGCUCAAUUCAAACUGUGAUACGCUGGUAGUGUUCAAUUAAUACUUUUGUAUCGAUUGUUGUUUUGUUGUGUUAGUGUAGAUAUGAUUUUGUUCUGAAAAUUGUUAUGUUAGUCUGGGUAUAAGCGUUGUUAUGUUGUUUUUCGAUCUUUUUCAGCAAUCUAUUCAUGUCGUUUCUAACUU